CACUGAUCAUCCACUAGACUGACGUCUCUCCGGUAGCGCAGACGAAGACCGCAGCAGCAGCGCGGCUAUUUCACAGACUUCAGUGGAGCUGAGCAGUCGACGGUGUCUCCUGCAGAGGAACAGAGAGAGAAGGAGAAAACGGAGGAAGACACAACUUGGUUUACCGAAAGGCUGGGCUUUUGCAGCAUGUUCCACCGUCGGCAGUCUCCGUCUAAACCAACUCGUGCAGCAACUGUGUGACUUUGCUGGUGUAGAGGCUUAUUUUCCGCGUUGUUUCCCUGCAGUUGGAAAGAUUCGUCUCUUAUUUUUUCUUCUUCCUUCGGCUGAUGUGAAAAUCGUGCCCGCUAUACUGGAAUGAUGUGGACCUCUCAUGAUACUGUUGGAUUUGUUUUCUUAGCUGGAUUUUGUGUGCAGUUCGGAUUCUCCUUUGAGGGUCGUUUCACGGAUCUGCCCUCUAACAUGACUGUUAAAGAGGGACAAAACAUAGAAAUGGCGUGCGCUUUCCAGAGCGGCACCACUUCGGUGUAUUUGGAGAUCCAGUGGUGGUUCGUGAAAGCGCCGGAACCCACUGACAGCGAGGAGGACGUCGGUGCUGAGGAGAUGGAGAUGAUACCAGAGCCUGAUCCUGAUGACGAGGGAACAAAAAUAAGUACAGUGAAGGUCCAGGGCAACGACAUCUCACACAAGCUGCAGAUCUCCAGAGUCAGCAAGAACGACGAGGGCCUGUACGAGUGCAGGGUGACGCGGGCGAACUACGGAGAGAUCGUGGAGUACAAAGUCCAAGCCUGGCUGAAGGUCAACGCCACUGCCAGGCCACGGCGACCACUGCAGCCUCCAAAGAAGAGCUCCCCGCUGCACCUGACUGACAAGAAACCAAGAAAGUCCAGCUCAGCACUGGGGCAGGACAGCAUGAGUUCAGACCAGAGGGUGGCCUCCACCUCCACCUCUCACACAUCCUCCAACACAGACAAACAGAACUCCGGCUCAGGUACAAGAAUAUUUUCCUGCUCUGGACUGACCGUCCUCCUCCUGGCGUGUGGCGUGGCGAGGGGUGCCUUGUUAUAAUUCCAAGAACUGACAUGAUUUGCUCCCAGAUCUCGCUCUCUCUUUCUCUGUUUGCUCCCAAAGUGAACAAGAAAAUUGCCUGUUCUACUCCCCCUCCCUCCCUCCCUCCCUCCCUCCCUCUCUCCCUCCCUCUCUCCCCACCACCACCACACGGACAGCACAGUUGGCCCUCAUUUCCCAGCCACCACCGCUCUUGCACCCAGCACAUUGUUAUUAGCCAGUGUAAACACCAGUCACCUUUAAGCCAGUUGGAUUUACCUUUUGUACAGACAUCGACCCCGACACCGUGUACGCUGCAGCUCUGUGGCGUGAAGGCGGACUCUCUAUCUUAACUGGAUAAUUCUCACGGAAGAAUGACUUAAUUAUGGUUUUCGAUGUUCCAGUCCAUGUGGUUCAUUGCUCAAACGCGUACAAGGAAAAAAAAAAAGAGAAGAGAAUCUAUAUUUGUGUAUCAUAUAGGAUUCCAGAUAUAUAUCUGUUUUACUCGACACACCUAGAAUUUCUGUAUGUGCUGUGUAGCUGAAAUCCACCAUUGUUAGGCCAUGGAGCGUCAUUGUGAAUACGCCCUCUCAGAGAAGAAGAACUAAAGGAACGGAGUACAUGUUCAUUCAGACUGUUAACGUUAACCAUCAGGUCGACUUCUGUUGUUUUCUCCAGAUGAUGUAAUGUCACAUCUUGUUAGUGACAGGUCUGCAUGCGUUUCUUUUGUCAGAGGGCUUCAACGAGAAGAGCCACAUAAGUAGUAUGUUGAAUUUAUUUUGUUUUAUUCAUGUGGUGUGAAGAAAAAAAAACAAAGAAACAAAAACAAGUCGUCUCCUGUCAUUUUAAUUUGUAUUGCAUCCUGUGUAGGAAUAAAAAAAAAAAAAAGAACAACAAUGUCACAAUUUAUGCGUCAUUCGAAGUCCUGAUCAGUGACCAUUGGGUGAUUCAUUUGAAUUGACCAGCACCCAUUGUGUUGUAAGUUAAAUGGCAUGUUCACAGUGUUACAGAGGGUGGAUUUACUCACUCUGCAUUGUGCUAGUAAGGUUUUAGCAAACCCUUCAUUUCCAUGUUUGGGGCAAAACUGAACUGCUUUCAUUUAUGUGAGGUUUAUUUUCCGAUGGCACACAGGAUCAUUGAGAUUUGGGUCCACUCUUUGACAAUCUGACACAACUCUAUUGUAAACCUUCCAGAACACAACCUUGAGCUCAAAGUGUGCACCAACACUUCACACUAGCUCCAAUUCACACUGGAAUAUUUGAUGAAUAAUUGAAAAGUGGAAUGACGUCCGUUGAAAGCUGCCGUACGAGUGAAUGUCAUACACGCUACAGUUUCCUUUUUAAUGACAACAACAUCACUUUGUUUUUGUCUCUCUAACCACACACUUUUAUUUGUAUUUAAUUUUUUCUUGUGCCAGCUCUGAAGUGUGUUUUUUUUUUGUUUGUUUUACAGUUUAACAAUCACACACUUGUUUACAUACAAGUGUAAUUACCAACAUGUACUGCCCUGUGCCCCCCCAGUGUGCUAUUUUUCCGCGCAUACAUGUAUAGUCAUAUUAGAUUUGCCCAAAGAACUGGUGGUGGUGGUGGUGGGGGGGGACG